AAAUGUUGCUGUUAGCGCGCCGGUUGAGCGAGCUAGGGCCGUUAGUUUCCGCUAGUACACAACAAUCUGUUAGAAUACUAAAUAGAACAUUCAGUGACAAACCUGAAGUUCCAAAUACGACCGGAAACUUGGACACAUCCGGCGCUACGGACAAACCGGAAUAUGUAGCGAAGACAAAUGUGAAUAAAACAGAGAAAGAAAUUCUUAAGAUUGUGAAUGAAAGUAAUGAAGUAUCAAUGAAUAAAAGACACGACAAUAAACUAUUUUUUACAAAUGAAGAGAAGGCAAUAAUGAGGAAUCCUGAGCAACGGAUCCCUUACACAGUUGAGAAAGAACCAGGAGUAUUUUGCUACGAGAAUACGGUUCGACCUCUUGUCACCUUUCCCGAUCCAACCUUGGUGAAUUUAGAAAGUCACGAGGAUGUUCGAGAGUAUACACUUGGAUUUCCUGUUAUUCGUCCUCCUUCUAUUGUUGAGAGGUGGAGGGAAGGAAUCAGGUUAACAAAGUCUACUCCUGAAGAGUAUCCCUGGAUCCAGGAGUUUAAAUCUCAAUACGAUUAUCUAAUUGUCGGAGGAGGGAUUGUGGGAUCCUGUAUAGCAAACGCAUUGGCGGAGAGAAUAAAGUGUGGAGACGGGUUCAGAGUUGGUGUUAUAGAAAAAGAUCCGACCUACAGGUAAAAUUCAA